AACCAGUGCGCGGUGAAAGAUAAUGCUGGUCGGUCUCUGAUAUAGGCGUAUUUCACGCAGGCGUCGCUCCAGACUCUAUCGGGCGUCCGACGGAUCCUCAGCUCAACUGCGGCUAUAGGAGUGGACAUCGGAAAAGAGGUCUAUUCCUCUGUUCUCAGCUGAAGUCAACAUUUCCCAAAAGAGAAGGCGAAACCUACUUGGGCGGCACAGAAGUGCGCAGUGAAAGACAAUGCUUAUCGGUCCGCCCUCAGAAGCGUACUUGCUCCAGACUCCUUCGUUUGACAGAUGAAUCGCCACCUCAACUGCCGCUGUGGGAGUGGACGUCGCAAGUGAGUUGACCUUUCGGGAUGUAUGACCUACGCAACGGAGCAUUGGCUGCGGUGGAACAAUGUCACCGUGUCAUUCCAUCUGGUUACGGAACACCGCGGCGUAAUAUUUCCCCAUUGGAGCAACAUCCUUGCUGGAAACUGCAGUGGACACACAUACUACGAAUGGAACCAGUUACUACCAUACCUUUCGAGCAUUCCUAGCUCCACAGCUUUUUCUAAAGCAGUUAUGGAUCAACUAAGCGUGCUAAAAUAGGUGAUCACUUGUUGUUUUGUACUUUUUCUUUAUUUUAGGCUCUGUGUGAGCCACAUGAAUUGUUGUGUCCCCUUGUUCUUCAUUCUGCAUGCUCUGCCUUGGGCCUCAACUGAUGGCUGGGUAGUAUUCUAGAAAAAAAUAAAUACUUAAGGAUGAAUACAAUAGCUAGUUACACGUUUCUUACUAGACCACUUCCUGGUAUCUAGCAGGGAGCCACUCGAAUGAAGAAGUAUCCCUGUGUCGUAUGUCCCAAGCCAACUUGGAGCUGAUUGCUACAAAACGUUUUGCUGGUUUGAGCCUUCGUGCUUGUGUUUGUUUACGUGUCUUGCCCAUCGCUCAGGCUUGCCUAUCAUGGAAUUUAUCCACCAGCAAGCCUGCAUUUACGCCAUUCUGUCAAUGAUUGCUACAUCCAGUGCAAAAAAAACAAAAAAACAAGUGAACCACUGUUUUUUUACGGGCGUAUUUGAACGACGCGGGCGUAUUUGAAAUCAGCCACAAAUAUGCGAUGAGAGGAGGACAUGCCCUUGCCUACAUGAUGAAUCGAGCAUAAAAAAAAAGAACAAGAGGAGACGGGAGCUACUGCUUGGGUUACUUUUGUUAACACUUAUCAGAUUAUUAUCCUGAUGUCUCCUCCUUUCCUUUGCUCUUGUUUUUUGCAGUGUUCUUUCUAUCAUCUGGGCGGGGGAAUGUUCUCCUUUCAUCGCAUCUUUGCGGGCGAUUUCCUGCCCCGUUGAAAUACGCGCGUCAAAAAGAAAGCCGGUUUUCAUUUUUUUUCUCUAUUUUGCACUCGCUGUAGCAUUAGGUAUUUCGGCUUCCCGUAUAUUUGACUAAGUUCGCCACGGGCUUCCUGUAUGCGCAUGCGCGGUUCUUGCGUCCGCCAUCUUUGAGCGGAAAACAUCACUAUGGAACUUUUCUGAGUAGGCAUUCAUGUGCAUGCGCGGCACGCGCAGCCACCUGCGGGCGACUGUCAUGUUCAUUUGGGGGAGAAAAUCGGUUUCACGGAUACGCUUACGUUUUAGGUCUACAUUUGACAACACUUUGUAAUGGUAAUGAGUACAGUGCGCUUUCAUUAUUUCCGUAUUCUUCUUCCAAUCUUCUCUUGCUACUUUCCCAUGGAACGUGCCAGUCCAAAAAGCGCGUCACCAUUAUUGGGGGAAGGACACGACGGUCGACAAUCCGCCGCCAGGGGCGACCCGAAUAUGGAAGUGGGCCGUUGUUGCCUAUUUUGGCGGAGCAGCCUACCUUGCCAUUGGAGCAACCUUUCCUUCAAGGCCGCCACGAAGCUCCCGUUGGCAUUGAUUCCAGUACUGUGUCCAUCUGCCAAUAGAACAGACUUGCUCCCGGUGGUGCAACAAACCUUGCUUCGGAAGAGCAUCAAAUCCUCCAUUGGAAUUCUACAUACGUACGCGAUAUGCAUGGGGAAAGAGGCGGUCUUCGUGUUUUUCUCUUGUGUUGGUGGAGGGGGCAACAUAGGUCGGCCGUGAAGCUGAUUCUUCCUCAACUAAGUAACCAGCGCGAUUUGAUACUGGUGACCUCAUGUGUUCAGUACUGCAAGAACCGAACAAGCUAGAAAGUGGUUUGUAUCACAUACUACUUGCAAGUUCUGAUAAGGCUAUAGCUCACGGAGCCUUGUUACGAGCCUCGUUGACCACGUGUGUGCCCUGUCUCCAACAGGGAUUGUACGUUGUACGCAGUAUGUCCGCCGUCACACUGACGCCUUGCAAUUUUAGCCCCGAUUACACUGGCAGAACGACGUCAUGAAUCUUUACAAGAAAUGAGUGUGGCAAAUGUUGACGACACUUCUGCAGCUUAUUUUAUGCUAAAUGUAUGCGCAAUACGCGAAUGUUGCACUCGACUAGUAGAGGCCAGUCUCGUUUACUCUUGUCUACGGCAUAGCGUAGUUGGUCUACGCGAACUUCAGGUAGACCAGAAUAACUGCAGCAGAACCGUCAUGAAGAUCACACACAACGAAGGUGUCCGGCACCUGUACCCUCUAUUAAUCAUUUUAUCUCUGAGUAAACAUAUGACGCAUCACGUUUUAUUACUUACGCAUAAAUUACUGCACAACCAGGUUUUUAUGCCAAACAUCAAACUCGUCUGCAAUACUAGCACUGCAUUCACUCGAUCAUCUCACCUGAAUCUUCUCUCAGUGCCAAAGUGCCGAAGAAACUGUGUAUUUACUUCUCACCGAACCUGUGGAAUUAUCUACCCCAAAAUAUAAGAAACGCGACUGCAUUUUCUUCUUUCCAACUGGUAUGCCAUCAACCAAUUGAGCAAGAGUCGUAAUGCCCGUUCAACUCAAGUAGAGUUAUAUCCUUGUUACACGGUCAUCCUUAACAGUGGUUAGACAAACCGCCGUUACUCAUAACCGCCGUUCGACACCGUUAGACGGCCGACCUAACUGCAGUUACGCCGCUAACGGCUGUUAGUGCAAACGGAGCUAGGCAACCUCUGCUUAGGCUGCCAAACCGAGAAAAUGGCGGCGAGCAUGUCGAUGGAACGGUGCGGUGAGAACAGAACCGUGCCGAUAUUUGGCUAUGUUGUUUAAAAAGAAGUUCGAUACAGGAAAAGUAUGUUAGGCAUAUAUUAUUCAAUCAUUUUAUAUGUAGCCGCAGUUUUUGAUUUUAUUUCUAAGUGCUCAAUUUAGUAAAUAUUAAUCCGCGGAAAUGAAACCACGUUACCACAGCAAACUGUGAUGAUACACACCGUGUAACAGCAGCGAACGGUGGUUUAGGAUAACCGCGUUUAGGUAGGGUAACGGCGGUUAUUGAGGACCACGGUUAAGAAUGACCGUGUAACAAGCGUAUUAGCGGCACCUUAAAGUCUGCAACAAUGCGGAUAUGCUCUGCGGUUUCCACUUUGGGAAGGUGAGGGGGAGGGUGAUGGCUGGUUUACUUUCGGCAUUCGCAAUUCCAUUUUUCAGGGCGUCUAUUGCUUCCUCUUCCUUUUAUUUUGGACACUUUUACUUCUUAUGGCCUAGCAGCUGACGUCUUCAUGGUUACCAUUUGUGAUACGCUGCGUCGCUAACUUUAGUUAGCGGUUCAGCCCUGGUUGAGUUAGGGGAACCUCGAACGACCAUUUCAAUCACGAAGUUUUCCCAUAUGUCAAUCACCCGCUAAGGCUGACUAACUUUUCGAUGACGAUGACGUCCAUUCCGGCAGAGGAAUCAGAGAGGGGGGAGCUUCACGAAUUCCUUCGAGGAGCCGACAUUCACUCCUAGUACGACAAAUUCAAAGAGAUAGAGACGAUGACGUCCGUUACGACAAAUGAAUCCAACCCGGAGCUUCGGAAGCUCCUUCAAGGAGAUGACCUUUCCUCCUAUUACGACAAAUUCGUCGAUAUAGGCGGGGACAAUGUGCAGCAGCUUCGUGACUGCACACCGGACGACUUCCAGGAGGCCAUCAAACUGGUACAUAUGGCCACAAAGCCACUUCACGUCAAGAGAUUGAAGAAAGCACUGAAAGAGUGGAAACCACAGCCAGUCUCAGGAACGUCCACUGCGGCAGAUGAAGGAAAAGGGGAGCUUCACGAACUACUUGGACGAGCGGGUCUGCUCUCCUACCACGACAAGUUCAUGAAGAUAGGCUGGGACAAUGUUCAGCGGCUUUGUGACUGCACGGUGGACGACUUCCAGCGAGUGAUUAAUCAUGUUGGCAUGGCCGAAAAGCAACUUCACGUCAAGAGAUUGAAGAACGCGCUGGGCCAGUGGACACGACAGUCAGCCGUAACGAUGCCCAUUGGGCGAAACCAGUUGGAGCGUGAACUCCACGAGCUACUUCAGCGAGCGAAUCUGCUCGCCUACUACAACAAGUUCAUUGAGAAAGGUUGUGUCAAUGUGCAGCGGCUUUUUGACUCAACGAAAGAAGAGUUCCAAGAGGUUAUAGACAUUGUUGGCAUGACUGAAUACACAUUUCACGUCAUGAGAUUGGAGAACGCACUGGCACAUUGGCCAUGGCACACAGACACAAUGGAGCCCACUCCGGCAAAGAAACAAAAACAAACGGAGAUUUGCGAACUCCUUGAAAAAGCGGGACUUGGCUGUUACGAGAAGAAAUUCAUGGAAAUAGGCGCAGACUAUAUGCAGCAGCUUCACGACUUGACUGGCGAAGAGUUCCAUGAGGUCAUCGACGGGGUAGAGAUGUCCAGGAAGCCGAUUCACAUAAAGAAACUCAAGAAGGUACUCGAAGAAUGGACGAGGCACGCAGGCACAUUGCAAGUCGACGAGAGAUCUUCUGAGACUGCGGAUGUCAGAGCUGGGAUGCAUUCUGCCAUCGACAGGAGAGACGUCGAGCAAGUGCGAAAGUAUAUGCAGGAAAAACCGUUUCUAAAGAUGUGGCUCAAUCCACAUACGGAUGAGUCUGCUAUGCUUCGAGCUGUGAAGAAGAACGCGUUUAGGGCGUAUGCCCUUCUGCGGUCGGAGAAAUGUGAAUUCAAGGACACUGACGAAAGCGAUUGUCUUUUGGACUUGAGUAAGCUCCAAAAGUCAGAACUUGUGCGACAAAAAUAUUUCGUAACCCAGUCCCAGGAAUCUCACAUCUAUGCCCUCAAGAGCAGAUCGCAGAGCCAAGCUGCUUGUGAAGGAUUUGACGAAAUUCUCGAUAACUUGUAUCGUGCUCUCGACAGCCGCGACUUACUCCGGCCUGUGUUGAAAGUAGCAUCAGGGGCCCUCCAUUUGAGUAUUCUAUUUGACUUUGAGAGAGAGCACACAAACUACAUGACGGGCCACGGCAGUAAAUGCCUCGGGUUAACUUUCCCAGAAAAAGAAAGCAUCUUUGUGGGAGCCAAGGGCCUCCACGGGGGACCAACGCAAGCCACGAAUGAUCGCAUAAAUGAAGUCGCAGGGAUCAUGGCCCACGAGCUAUGUCAUUUGGCUCUUUCGCUUGUAUACAAAAAUAGAGCAAGGCCCUACCGGCGCAUGGAUGCAACCAGAAGAAAAGAUUACGCAAGUAUCCUGGAGGACGCCAAAGGUAGAAAGGAAGACUUGCAUGAUAUCUUAAAAUGGGUAUUUAAUGAGGAAGCCGAAAAUGAGGAUGCCAAAGCAGAACUUAUCGUUCGGGUACCUCAUCUUCUUGCUCUUGAUCCUACGAAUGGCGACAAAAUUCUCGAGAAACAAGUCCCGAGACUCUACCAGUUCUUCAAAGAGCACGUCGUCCAUGAUAUGGCACUGUGCACACAGAAUGGCUGUCCCAUAAAGGACAUCGAAAUAAUCAGGGAGUUCAACGCAAAAUUAGGGAGGGCGUCAUCAACAGAGGAUCUGAACAUAACAUUUGAGGAAAGGCUUCAGCAGAGCGUUCUUGUAUAUAAACCGUUUGUUGUCCUUGCUGCAUCGAAUUUGUUGUUCCUCGAAGCAAUGGUUAAUGACCUCGUGAGAGAACAAGAUGUUCCCUAUCUGUUUCUCGAAGCAUCACAGUGGAAGCAGGAAACAUGUAAGAUCCUAGACAAGAACAAGUGCAGGUUCUUGCUCCUAUCGUGUGAGGGCAAAACUGACCUCCAAGGCAUUCUUCAGUACUCAGAAAAUCUGCAUGACAUCACCGGCACGAACGUCAUUCUGCUGACGUCAAACGCCAACCUGGAGCACUGUUGCCAUGAGAUUAAAAAGAUACCACUAUCUGAGAGCGAAGUUGUCGGAAACAUACCGAGUGCUAGUUAUGAGAAUGUGACAUCAGUGUGCAAGAAAGCAAUUAUAGAAAUGUCACAGAUCGCACUUCAGUCUCCCGACCACAAGUCUUAUAUUCACCCCAUCCUAUAUACGGAUCGGUUUUUGGAAAUUUGCCGCGAGAACACGUUUCUAACAUUGUGCAGAGAAAAGGUUCUGCAUUUUGGCCCACAGCUGAAGGCCCUCCAGGAAAACACAAGCAGGUGCUACAUUGAACAAACGUGUCGAAGGUCCGUUGAAGUGGAUUUGAGAAAGGUCGAAGAGCGUUCUAGGCACGACGCUUUCGCUAUCCUCGGAGGCACAGAGGAAACACUCCGGUCAUUUCUACGAAAUCUGCAUGCUCUGAAGCGAAUGAGCACCUUGGACAAGUUCGAGGAAAUUGUCAUUCUGGACAGCGGCGGUGACUACAACGAUCUUGUUGACAUGAAAUACUACAAGGGGAAGACAGUUCACCUGCUAGAAUUCGGUGAUGGAUGCUUCAUGUGGAGAAAAUCAAACGGCGCCCUAAGUCACCUUCCCAUGAUCGGUGAAGAAAACUGCUCAGCAAUUUCUCUACUUGAAAGAAGUGAGAAAGUCGUCGUUGUGUCCGGAGACUCAGGAAUGGGAAAAACCGUGUUGGCGACCUGGCUUUGCACAAAAAUCAAGGACUCAGACAAGCAAGCAUGGGUGCUUCAUGUCAGUAAUUAUCCGCAGGUGCAAGAGGCUAUGACUAUACACAGUGGACAAACUGGUGUAAUUAAUUUCAUACUGUUCGCGAAGUUGUGUGGCGUGUCAACAAGCGGAGUAGAGUUUGAACUGUUUCAGGAAAGCGUCACUGAGGGACGUCCGUUUAACGUGUGGGUCAUUUUCGACGCCCUUGAUGAAAUUCAGGAGACCAGCCGGAAAAUUAUCCUUGAUCUCACGAAGCUCUUGGUGAAAGCAAAGCUUUCUAAGAUACUACUGUUCACACGCACCAUAUGCACAAAUUCGAUUCAAGAUGAAAUGCACGUGGUGUCUUUCCACAUGAAUCCGUUCUCCAAGGACGACCAAGCGCAAUUUCUGCAGAAAUACACUGAUGGAACGCCAUCUCCGCUAUCCAAUACUGAGGCCAUUGACAAAACGUUCGAAAAGAUACUUCGUCACGUUACAGUCAAUUACAGCUCCAUUCUAGGCAAUCCUCUUCUUCUCCGAAUGAUGGCCGAGGUGGGGCGAGGGAAAACCUCUGACCCCGAUUACUGCGGCUUGGUACAAAGCGUGUUGAACUCUCAUAAUUGCUAUCUACUGUUAUCCGUGUACAGGUUGUUUGUCGAGUACAAAUACCUGCGAUAUCGCAAAGAAAAAAAGAAUGAGGAUAUAGGAAAAGCCGCCGCCCAAGAUGAUGACAUGAGGUUGAAGCCGAAAUUUUACGAGGACUAUGGUCGCCUAGCAUUCAAGGCUGUUCUCUCCCAGGACGUCCUCAAGGGACUACUAAGUGAAACUGAGUCCCGUGACUUGGAACCCAGUGGGACGCUAAUGACGGACGUCAAGGAGAACAGGCUAAAACACGGUCUCAUACAGGAAUUGAGCAACGAUGUGCCUCGCUUUGUGCAUCACAGCUUCGCCGAGUUUUUCGCAGCAGAUUCGCUAUUCAAGAGGCUACAAAAGGUGGAUGCUAGAAGCCGUGAAGAUAUGACACGUAUAGUCUCCAGGUUGUAUGGAGAAUCUAGCUAUGAGGGCAUGUUGAGUUUCUUGGAUGGUUUAGCAGCAGAGCGACACGUAGUACACAGCAGUAUUAUGAAUAACGACCUAGAGAGCUUUAAAGAAGCUCUAGAAAGUGAUUGCUCUCUAGACAGCCUCGAAAGAACGCCUCUGCACGUCGCGGCACUGCACGCUGAUCACGAUAUCUUAAAGUAUAUUCCCGUUAAUGAAGCACUGGCACAGAAAGAUAUGAUUGGUAUGACACCUCUCAUGUACGCUGAUAAGAUUAAAUCCUGGGACAGAUUAGACGCCUUCUGCGCUCGUGGUAGCGGUUUUCCUCUCAAUUGGUUUGAACAACUACCGACGGUGCUCGCGAACCUCAUCUCUCAACCAGGUCUUAAUAGUUUCUUUUUACGCGACGUCGUUUACGCGCGACGUAAGGGACUGUUAUCUGUGCUGCUUAGAGAGUUUUGCAAAAUUAAGAUAUAUUCCAGUGACACCUGCAUUGAGAGUGCACCACGAUACUUCAUGGAAAACGACUGCCCCGAUCAGGACGUGAUAUAUACCCCUGUAGAUAUUGACCGUAUUAAUUUUGCCGGUUUCUUUACGCCUUUAUAUAUCAGCAUCAUUAUUGACGAACUUGAUAUUUUCCAGAUGCUUCUUCCUUAUUCCUCACUAAACUUUAAUUAUAUGCUUGGCAAAAAAGUGGCCAGUGAAUGCGUUGCCCGCGGUCGUACGGACAUGCUGAAGCAUCUACUCCCUUUAACACCUGUAUUACCGUACCGCGAUGUAUGUCGGCGUAAACCUGAUACUGCAGACGUUCUACUCCCACAUUUGUUGGCCGAAUUCACUAUUAAGAAGGGCCUUUUGCAUAACAGCAUUGAUAUGGGACACAAUGGAGUAACGAAAGCUAUUCUCCCUCACACUGAUGCAAGUGAUCGCAAUAUGCAUCUAGGCAAAACGGCUUUACAAGUAAGCGUGCGCUCUGGUUACUUGGAUACGGUGAAACUUAUGCUGCCUUACUCUGAUGUUCAUGGAACUGACAUGCACGACGUAGCUCCACUUCUCAUGGAUGUUGACUACAGUUAUUCACUGCUGAGACGGGAACUAGAUAGUAUACUGCAGUCCGAGGACGUGGAAGACAAAAAGGGGAGUAAUGCCGCAUUUGCCAUUGCGCAACUCUUCAUUCUUCAUUCGACCAUGGUCUCUCUUAACAUUGACGCCAAAACAAUUCUGCUGAUUGGCAUCAAGUGUAGAAACCCCCUUGCCACUUUCAAACUGUUUCUUCCUCAUCUGUCAGGCACAUCCCGUGCUAUAAGACAACAAAUAUCAGCCCAUUAUCCUUUAACGGAUGGAGAGCAGGAUAUCCUAAAGUAUCUCAUUUCUUACACUCCGAUUAACACUGCCGGUAAGGAUGGAUAUACACCACUCGCUACCUGCUGCCGUAACGGACACUUGACAGCGGCGAAGCUUCUCCUUCCUCAUACAGUAGUUGACGAACUUGAAAGCGAACCAUUGUUUCAGAGUGUGCUCAAAAGCCAGUGUCAUAUGGUAGAGAUGCUUCUCCCUCAUUCCUUGAAACAUAGUAGCGACAGUGUGUUGCUAACUGCCGUCGCUUUCAGAAGAGUGGGUGAGAUGAAGUUGCUUCUCCCUCAAGUUGAUGUGAACGCUCGUACAGAAUGGAAAAGGACAGCGUGGCAUGAAAGUGUGCGCCGAGGUGACUGGCCAUCCGUGCAGCUCUUUCUGCCGUACACAGAUAGACAUGACAGUGACAUGAGUAAAAACAUGGCGCUGCUGUUGAAUGCUUGCGAAAAGUGGAAAGCCAGUCGCGAAUCAUCGAAGGAAGAAGAUAAGCACACUGGGGAAAUGAACGUUGGAGAUGUCAAAAUAUUUAAGCUGCUUCUCCUGCAAUCGAGCUUCAAUAUUGCGGAUGCAGAUCGGGCCCUCCCACUCGACGGGAGCGUCGCAGACAUUGACAUGAUGGUGUUAUUCUGCCCACAUCGGUUGCUGAAAAAGCUAUUGUUUCCGCAUUCGCCACUUACGACUCGUAGCAUAAGUAUGGCAGAGUUCAUCGAGUGUGUUGAAAGCACUGAGAGGGAGGAUGUACUGAAGUAUCUCAUUUCCUUCACCCCAAUUAACACUUCUGACGAAAACGAAGAUACACCGCUGGAUUACUGCAGCCGUAAUGGGCGCCUGACAGCAGCGAAGCUUCUCCUUCCUCUUACACUAGUUGGCGAACUUGAAAGCGAUCCAUUGUUUAAGAGUGUGCUCGAAAGUCAGUGUCAUAUCGUAGAGAUGCUUCUCCCUCACUCCUUGAAACAUAAUAGCGACAGUGUGUUGCUAGAUGCCGUCGAGUCGAGACACGCGGGUGCGACGAAGUUGCUUCUCCCUCAUGUUGAUGUGAACGCUCGUACACUAAGGAAAAGGACAGCGUGGCAUGGAAGUGUGCGCCGAGGUGACUGGCCAUCCGUGCAGCUCUUUCUGCAGUACACAGGUAGACAUGCGAGUGACAUGAGUAUAAACAUGGCGCUGCUGUUGAAUGCUUGCAAAGUGUCGAAAGCCAGUCGCGAAUCAUCGAACGCAAACGAUAAGUAUACUGGGGAAAUGAACGUUGGAGAUGUCAAAAUAUUUAAGCUGCUUCUCCUCCACUCGAGCUUCAAUAUUGCGGAUGCAGAUCGGGCCCUCCCACUCGACGGGAGCGUCGCAGACAUUGACAUGAUGGAGUUAUUCUGCCCACAUCGGUUGCUGAAAAAGCUAUUGUUUCCGCAUUCGCCACUUACGACUCGUAGCAUAAGUGUGGCAGAGUUCAUCGAGUGUGUUGAAAGCACUGAGAGGGAGGAUGUACUGAAGUAUCUCAUUUCCUUCACCCCAAUUAACACUUCUGACGAAAACGAAGAUACACCGCUGGAUUACUGCAGCCGUAAUGGGCGCCUGACAGCAGCGAAGCUUCUCCUUCCUCUUACACUAGUUGGCGAACUUGAAAGCGAUCCAUUGUUUAAGAGUGUGCUCGAAAGUCAGUGUCAUAUCGUAGAGAUGCUUCUCCCUCACUCCUUGAAACAUAAUAGCGAAAGUGUGUUGCUAGAUGCCGUCGAGUCGAGACACGCGGGUGCGACGAAGUUGCUUCUCCCUCAUGUUGAUGUGAACGCUCGUACACUAAGGAAAAGGACAGCGUGGCAUGGAAGUGUGCGCCGAGGUGACUGGCCAUCCGUGCAGCUCUUUCUGCAGUACACAGGUAGACAUGCGAGUGACAUGAGUAUAAACAUGGCGCUGCUGUUGAAUGCUUGCAAAGUGUCGAAAGCCAGUCGCGAAUCAUCGAACGCAAACGAUAAGUAUACUGGGGAAAUGAACGUUGGAGAUGUCAAAAUAUUUAAGCUGCUUCUCCUCCACUCGAGCUUCAAUAUUGCGGAUGCAAAUCGGGCCCUCCCACUCGACGGGAGCGUCGCAGUCACUGACAUAAUCGAGUUAUUCUGCCCACAUCCGUUGCUGAGAAAGCUAUCCAUUCCGCAUUCGCUACUCACGACUCGUAGUAUAAGUGUGACAGAGUUCAUCGAGUGUGUUGAAAGCACUGAGACGGAGGAUGUACUGAAGUAUCUCAUUUCCUUCACCCCAGUUAACAAGUCCGAUGAAAACGGAGAUACACCACUGGGAUACUGUAGCCGUAAUGGGCACUUGAUAGCGGCGAAGCUUCUCCUUCCUCUCACCGUAAUUGACGAACCUCUAAACAAACCAUUGUUUGUGAGUAUGUGCAGAGGCAACUGCCUUGUCGUAGAGAUGCUUCUCCCCCACUCCUUGAAACAUAUUAGCGACAGUGUGUUUCGACUUCGCGCCGUUUCAAGACAAGAGGGUUCGAAGAAGUUGCUUCUUCCCCAUGUUGAUGUGAACGCUCGUACAGUGGAGAAAAGGACGGCGUGGCAUGAAAGUGUGCUUCGAGGUGACUGGGUAUCGGUGCAGCUCCUUGUACCUUACACAAAUGCACCUGAUAGCGACAUCAGCCAGAACAGACCGUUAUUGUUGGAUGCAUGCAAAACGCCGAAACAGCAAGAGGAAGAAGGGGAAGAUGAAAGUGAAGGUGAAGAAGGAGAGGAGGAAGGAGGGAGAGGAGAAGAAGUGGAAGAGGGUGAUGAUUAUGAUUAUGACGAUGAUGAUGAAGAGAAUGGGGAAAUGCGCGUUUCACGUAUGAAACUAUUGAAGCUGCUUAUCUUCCACUCGGACUUCCAUAUUGUGGAUGCGGAUCGGGCUCUGCCACUCGACGGGAGCAUCAAAAACAUUCACAUGAUGAAGUUACUGCAACCGCAUUCAAAGAUUUAAGAAGCCUCUGCUUGUGGACACACUGCCUAAACCCGUAAUGCUGGUAACAUCCAUGUGCUGAAGCUCCUUCUGGGCCAUUCACUUUUAUUAACGCUAUAGUGAUCACAGAUGUUCCAUCACGCUCUACCUGUGCGUUUUUGCCUUUCUUUCUGUCGUCAUACCAUGCUGCUAAAUCAUUGCGCUCUAGCCGUCGUCAUCUACUCUUCUAAUCAAUCUCACCAUUUUUGUACCGCGGUGCCGUUCUCGAUUGAUAUUCUUUUUUACAAUGUCGUCUGUACUUCUCCCAUGGUUGCACCCUCUUCAUGACUUUUGAUGUCGCAUCUCGCAGUGGACAUUAAUGUGUAUACAAUUAUCUCAGUGUAUCUGUUCUGCACCGCGCUGUCGAACCGAAUGGAAUCAACGUGCGACGAAAUGACACUUCCAAGUGACAUGCCAUAAGUUCAUACCAUCUAUCCAUGUGAGGUGCACACUUCAUUAUAAGUUGAUAUCAUACGCAUUUAUAAUAGCAUUUAGAACAAUAUAGUGCCCGCAAUAAUAUUGCAAUUGUAUUCGCGUUUGUUUAUUGAUACCGCAUUCAAUGUUAGCAUUUUUCGGUAAUAAAUAUUUGUAGCAAUUGA